CUAUCAGACUACCUGCUUAAGUACCAGGGUUUUUUGUUGUUUCCUUUAUGCCAAUGUAGCCUUCUGUUACAGUUUUCGAAAACCUCCAUAGUUUGAAAACCUUCAGCCGUACGUUAACAGCUUCUGAACUUUCCUUUUUCUGAGCUUAAUUAAUGUUUGAUAUAUUUUGUGCCUGCAGCCAGAACUGAAAGCGAAUGGGGAUUGAAUUGCUCUGCUUUUUUUUCCUAUUUCUACAAAGGAAUAAGAAUGUACAAGGAAAUUGUGAUUCAGGGAGUGCCAUGAACUGUGAAGAUUGUUUGCUCUCUGGACCAAGCUGCGGCUGGUGUUUCCAAGAGAAUUUUACUAAUCCAUCUGAAAUUCAGAAAAGGUGUGACACUCUUGAAAAGCUUAUUUCAGAAGGAUGCCAUCUGAAUUUAAUUGAAUUUCCCAUUUCCAAAGUAGAGAUCCAUGAAAACAAGCACCUGAGUGAUGGGCCACAAAUAAAUGGUUCAGAGGUUAUUCAGAUUUCUCCUCAAAAGAUAACUAUUUUCCUGCGGCCAGGAAAUGAAGAAACGAUACAGAUCAAUGUUCGUCAGACUGAAGAUUAUCCAGUUGAUCUCUACUACCUGAUGGACCUUUCAGCUUCUAUGGAUGAUGAUCUGAAAACCAUAAAGGAACUGGGGUCUACCUUGUCCAAAGAAAUGUCUAAGCUCACAAGUAAUUUCCAGAUGGGCUUCGGGUCUUUUGUUGAAAAACCAGUUUUACCGUACAUCAAUACUCUGACGGAAGAUCUGCGGAAUCCUUGCCGAAAUGUCCCAUUUGAUUGUUUGCCAACAUUUGGAUACAAGCAUGUUCUUCCGCUGACAAACGAUGCCGAAAGGUUCAAUGAAAUUGUGAGAAAACAGAAAAUCAGUGCCAAUUUAGAUACUCCAGAAGGAGGAUUUGAUGCAAUUAUGCAGGCAGCUGUUUGUAAGGAAAAAAUUGGUUGGAGAAAUGAUUCAUUACAUCUGUUAGUGUUUGUGAGUGAUGCCGAUUCUCAUUUUGGGAUGGAUAGUAAAUUAGCAGGAAUAGUUAUUCCAAAUGAUGGGAAAUGCCACCUGGAUCAACAGAAUGAAUACUCUAUGUCAACUGUUUUGGAAUACCCAACUUUAGGACAAUUGAUAGAGAAGAUUGUGCAAAACAACAUUCUGUUAAUUUUUGCAGUCACCAAGCAACAAGUUCAUUUAUAUCAGCAAUAUGCGGAUCUUAUUCCUGGAGCUACUGUCGGGACACUUCAGCAUGAUUCUGGAAAUGUCCUCCAGUUGAUUAUAGAUGCAUACAAGUCACUCAGGUCUGAGAUAGAGCUGGAGGUGCUGGGAGACACAGAUGGAUUAAAACUUGAUUUCACUGCCAUCUGCAGCCAGGGCUCUGCCUUUCCACACCAGAAGAAAUGCUCUCAUAUUAAAGUUGGAGAACAGAAAUAUCCCAAUGAAGGUACUGGUAAAUCGGUCCCCAAAUUGAUCUCCUGGAGACACAUCUAUGUUAUUUUGUUGGCAGCAAUGUGUGAAGAGUUGCCUUCUUCUGGCUUUCAACUUCUCAGCUAUGAGAUUUUAUGCUAUAAAACAGUCACUUUCAAUGUGACUUUCAGUUUAAGCCCUUCAGCUUGUGGUGAAGGGAGAAGGAAAGUCCUAAUCAAGGCCACUGGUCUUAACGAAGCAUUGGAGAUCGAGAUCCAGCCCAAAUGCAGCUGCCGUUGUCAGAAGGAAGCAGAGGUGAAUAACUCCAAGUGCAACUACGGGAACGGUUCCUUCGAGUGUGGUGUGUGUGUGUGUAACCCCGGCUACAUGGGUCCAGACUGUAAAUGUAGCGAAAAAGAUGCACUGAGUACAGGGUCCUGCAAAAGUCUCCCAGAACAGAUCUUGUGCAGCGGAAGAGGCGACUGCUAUUGUGGACAAUGCAUUUGCCACCUUUCAGCAUAUGGAAAUAUAUAUGGGCCAUACUGUGAAUGCGAUGAUUUCUCUUGUGGCAGAUUUAGAGGGCUGGUCUGUGGAGGCAAUGGGAACUGUGCCUGUGGUCAAUGCAAUUGCCACCAUGGCUGGACAGGUGAAUACUGUAACUGUACCACGGAUACCAAGAGUUGCAUUUCUAACAAUGGUGUCAUCUGCAGUGGGAGAGGCAAAUGUGUGUGUGGAAAAUGCGUAUGCACAAAUCCUGGGGUUUCAGGCAACGUCUGUGAAAAAUACCCUACAUAUGAUGAUCUUUGCAACUCUAAAUGGAGCUGUGUAGAAUGUUAUUUAGCUUCUGCUGAUCUACUGCAUCAGGAAGACUGCGCUGAAAAAUGUAAAUUGGUUGACGCAAUGAUCAGUCAUGAUGAAGAUAUUACAGAAGAUAAAUGGGUUCGUUGUGUGUUACAAGGGAAAAAUGAAUCUGUUAUCACAUUUCUGAUGACAACUAAUGAACAGGGGAAAGUCAUCAUUCAUAACAUAAAGCAAAAAGAUUAUCCACAGCCGCCAAAUAUUACAAUGAUUAUGUUGGGGGUUUCUACGGCAGUAGUCGUCACUGGGAUUGUUUUACUUUCCAUGUGGAAAUUAUUUAUUUCAUUUGAAGACCGUAAAGAAGUCGCUAAAUUCGAAGCAGAGAGAUCGAAGGCCAAGUGGCAAACGGGAACAAACCCCCUCUACAGAGGCUCCACAACAACUUUUAAGAAUGUAACAUACAAGCAAAAGGAAAGGCAACGUGGCAGUCCUGCCAAUGCAUACUAAUAAUUCAAAAUUAUUGGAAAAAAACAGUUCUGGAAAACUUUUAUUUUUUUAAAAAAGGAAGUUUGCUCUGUUUUCUUCUAAAUUUGUUUGGAGGGUUGUAGUAAAACCACUAUGGUGGUAUGGAAGUUUUAAGGUGAGAGCAUAUGUGCUUUCAAAAGUGGGACUGUUUUGGAACCAGGCAGGGAGCUGAGCAGCAGUAGAGGAGAUUAAAUGACAAAGAACCAUCUGGGCAUGUAGGAAUGCACCAAUUAAGCAUGACAUGAAAAUAAUAUCUGGUGCAAUUUUGCAGUAAUGAGAUUUGGGGAAUUGGUCUGAAUGACCUUUCAAGAAACCCAUUUCAACUCUUCCUUCUGAUCUCAAAGUAAUUCAAGAUGUUAGAACAAAGCAUCUUCUCAAACUCUGCUAAGGAGUAUAGUUCAGCCAGUUUUGUCAGUCCCAGUCAGCAUUUUACUGCACGUUUAAGAUAUACCUUUGGAGUAUUUGCACCUUAAAUAUUACUGGAUAAAGAAACAGAUUUCAGUUUUUAAAAGAAAGAAAACUUGGGAGAGAAAAGCGUUCCUGAUUUAUUAAUAAAGUACCCAGCACUUACAGCUGUAUUUUUAACCAUGGUGCAAUCUUAGGUAUUCUGUUUGGAAGUCCCAUGAAGUUAAAUGAGAGAGUUUCCUAUGAAAUGUUUAGCCCUCUAGACUAGAGGUUGAUGGAUUGAGGAGAGCCAUGUUGUCUAAAGAUGAAUGAAGGUGAUGAUGAGGGAUAUGAUGAUGACCAGUAGUGGGACUCAACCGGUGUAAAAAUCAGUUCGCUGAGCACGCGCACAAUGUGUUUGAAAACAGCUCUAAAACUUACCUUCCAUUGCAGCCCCGGUGAGUAAAACAGCUGAGGUACAGCAAUCCCCUCUGCAGUCCCUAUCAGCUGGGCUUCAAACAAAGGAAAUAUAGGACAGACUAGCGCAUUGGAGAGAACUGCUCACCGGAACUACUGGUUCACCCGAACCGGUCCAUACUGGCUGAAUCCCACCCCUGAUUAUUGACUAAGAACAUAAUAUGUAUGGUCACUAGAUUUUUUUCUAUGGUAGCUUUCAGAUUCUUCACCCAUUUGAUUUUUUGUAUUGUGUCCAAUGGCAUCUCUUGGGUGAACCACCAUUUUGCCCUCUAGGGCAACCCGAAUACAUACCAUGUGCUUUCCAAAUUACAAUACAUCUAAUGAACCCAAACGUUGAGGACCUAUGAUUUAAGAGAGUUGCUUUUCCCCCCAAAUAUGUAAAUAAGAUUUAAUACAGUGGGUCUCAAAGAUCUGUUAUGCUGCAAAUAUGGUUUUUGAUAAUGCAAAUUUUAAAAGAUUGUUUUAAAAAAAAAAAAAAGAAAAGAGUAUGUGUGUUUUAUCCUGAAUAUAAGUUGGAUAAUGGUGAUGGGAGUUUUUAUUAUGAAUGUACUGUGCAUUUAAGACACUGGAAACAUCUGUUGUUUUUACUGAAAUGGUUUUGACCCAAGGCUGGACCUAAAAUAAGGCCAAAACAUUAUCAGUACUGUAAUAUUAUUAUUACUCUUUGGAGUCCUUUGGCAUUAUUUUCUAAUAUGCAAAUGGAACACUUUUUUUAAAAAGAAAGGAAUGUUGUGUUACAUUUUUAAUACGUUGAUAUGUAAACUGAUUUUUUAAAUUGUUUUCACAUAGAUUCUGUGAUAUAAAAUGGAUAAGUAAAAGAAAGUCAAAUAUU